CACCCUUUUUUCUGCAAGAUGCUCAGGAUGUUGCUUCUUUUUCUUACAUUUACAAGUGUUUUGUCUUGUAAGGUUGGGAAUGAUGCUAGUCUUAGUAUUUACAGAGAGACAUUUCCUGGAGGAAAGUGGUUCCUCAGUACUCUUAGUCCAGCAACAUGUUCUAGAUCAUUUUAUGACUACAACAUCUCGUUUUAUACCAGUAGCCUGAAUAUUGGUUCAACUUAUAAUGUCACUUUGGCUAUUUGGAAACAAGUUGGUUCAAAGACCUAUGAAAAGGACCCUGCUACAAUACAACAUUAUACUUAUACCCACACCAAUAAUCGACGUAAAAAAAGAGCUACACUAAAUACAGCUCCAUUCAGUUCAGCAGUUGGUAUACGCAAAGGAAGCUUCGUUGGAGCAUACCUAUAUACUACUGCUAAUGCAUUACCUAUUACUGGAAUAAGAUAUACAUCUCGUAUAGGAGCAUGUGUGUCAAAAAAUUCAGCAUCAGCGACUACAAUAACUUGUAGUUUUAACCAUUAUUAUGUAGUACAUGCUGAAGCUGAUGUUGUUAAAGUUGACUGUGGUGCUCCACCAUCAGUUCUUAAUGCUACAUACUCUCAAUUGGAUAAUGAUACAGAAUAUGGAGCUAGAGUUCAAUACAACUGUAGUACUGGAUAUAAUAUUAAUGGAAAUGAUACUAUAUCAUGUCUACUGAAUGCAUCAUGGUCUUCACCAACUCCAUCUUGUUCAAUAGUAAACUGUGGUAAUCCUGGUGAACCAGCUAAUGGAUAUACUAAUGAUAAUGUAUUCACUAACUUCACUUCUAAUAGCAAUCAAUACAACUAUGGAACUACUGUUAGUUUUAACUGUAAUCCUGGAUAUGGUUUAGUAGGAGUAUCAACAUUAACAUGUACUGCUACUGGUCAAUGGAGUAAUAACAUUCCCCUUUGCAUAGCUACUACAAGAUCGUCAUCAUCAUCAGUAAACUCAGCCACUACACUAAGCACAAGUUCUUCUGUCAUGCCCACCACUUCAGUUGAUGGUAGUAAUAAUUUGUUAGUUAUUGGUGGAGUCAUUGGUGCAAUGUUGCUUAUUUUACUAAUACUAAUAGUUGCUAUUCCGUUGAUAGUUUUAUUAGUAGCAAGAUCAAAAAGGAACUCUCGUGAACUAAAUGAUCCUGCUACUACAAAUCUUAUAAAUCCAAUAACUGCUCCAUCUGAAGAACAUUCAACUUCAGACUAUGAUGAUCCUGCUUUAACUUUAAAGCAUGAGUCAGUACCGCUACUGUACUCUGAAUUAGAAUCUUUAAAAAAUGAGGAUGACAACAAGUAUCCAACUGAGGAAGUGUAUGACAAUGAGAAUAUUUCCAAUGUGGUCCUACCUCAUCCAAUUUAUUUGGAUGUAUGUGUAUCUAAUAAAAAGAUUUAAUUUACAUUAGAAAAUGAGUGUAAAACUGUACCAAAAUUUAAUGCUUGCAAACUUGUCAGUACUAACACUAUUAUAAGCUUGUUA